UUGUGACGUCAGUCUGCAUUAAACAAGGAAGUUGGAGAUCCGGUAGUUCCCCUUAACUUUAAGAGAACUAUUAGACAGUUCGCUCAAAAACCAGUUCGGGCUUCGCCAUCGCAUGUUCAUCAAAGUCUAGUCUUUUCAUGCGUUCCCCGUCUUUAAUGUUGAGCUGGCAGUCAUUUCUUUCUGACCGGAACUAGUAGAAAACCCAAAAAGGUGAAAAACAGACCGCAGGAUGGAUGUUACUCACCUGACGGAGGACGAAAUGGCCGAUAUAAAGAAGGAAGCCAUAGACAGGUUACGGCCGUACCUGGUGGAUAAGAUCAUCGCCGAGCGGCACUUUGAUUACUUGCGCUCGAAGAAAAUCCUGACCAGAGAGGAUACAGAAGAGAUCAGCUGCAGAACCACGAGAGGGAGACGCACCAGCAAGCUGCUGGAUAUCCUGGCAGAAAACCCUCGGGGUUCCAUGCUCAUCGAGUCCAUCAAAUGGGGCCGAACGCUCAACUUCAUCAUCGCGAAGAUCACUGAUGAGGUGCAGCGCGUGAAAAAUGAGCGACUGGAAGCUUUAAAAGCAGGGUCCUCAGCUAAUUCAGGUUAUUCAAUCACAAAAGGAGCGACCAAUGACUUCUCCAAAAUGGACUCUGACUACGACAAGUACUCCACUAUAUGUUAUCAUCCCGAAGGGGAAGGAAGUCAGUCGUCCUCUGUGGCUACGGGAUCCUUUAACCUGCGUUACGGCUCGGGUCGCGUGAACGAGGCUCUGUCGGUCUGCGAAGGGACUGGCAGCAUGAACGUGCCCUCCAACAUCUCAUCAAGCCUGCCUAAACCUGGAGACCCUGGAGCUCCUGCGCUUCCCGAGGAGCCGGAUAUAGACGUCCAGGAUCUAGAUGCUGCUGUUUGUGGAAGUACAGGAAGUAGCGGGGAUGCUAACUUCCAGCCGCUGCGCUCACGUUCUUUGUCUCCGCACAUAUCGUAGCGCAAACCUUCAACACAAUCGCCCAGAUUGCAUCAGUGUGAGAGAUUCAGAACAUUUUCCAAAACAAUUGUCUCUCACAAGCAUUGUCACACUGUAAAAAAAAAAAAAAAAAAAAAAAUGAAUUUUUUUUUUUCUGCUUGUUAAAUUUGUGUAAUUAAAUUGAGUCAAAGCACUUGCUGGACAUUUUGUUUACUUUGAGUCUACUUAAAUAUAUACAAGUUGGUAACACUUUACUUGAAGCAUUAUGAAGGUCUAUGUAUAAUGCAUUAUCAAGCUAUUUAUAAUCUACAAUUGUAAUGCAUUAUAUCUCUUCAUAAAUAAUUGUGAUCAAAGUUAAAAAUUGCAUUCUAAUAUUUGAAGGUUUGUUUGUCAUGUGUUGUAAUGCAUUCGAUUUUCUAAAGGUGUAACAACACAUAGAUACGUACUGGUUACAGUUUUCAUGAGAUCAUACAAUGCAUUAUAUGGUGCAUAAUGCAUUUAUAUACAUUUAUAAUACUUUAAGUAAAGUUUUAGCAAUUUUUGUAGCAUUAACUGAAACUGGGCAGUGGAUUUUUAGUUCCCUGCAUGUUUUGCAUAAAGGGCUGGAAGAGUGAAAUGUGUUAUUCUGAGUGAAGGGAAAAACCUGUUGGUGUUUAAUGCUGUAUGUGUUUGACAUUUAAAGAGUUUCUAAAUUGUGUUUUUGUGGUUACCAUUGUGCCGGAGAGCAGAGCUCUUGUGGUUAAGUUUAUAAUAUGUUGUUCCUUCCACUCAAUGACAUCAGUGCAGAGCUGGGUGGCUUCUCACCUGUUCAUCGCACACAUUUGCUAUGCUGACUACAGGAAAUAUUUUAAGCGUUCAGUAAAAAUCAAGGGUUCAUAUUACUCACUUUUAUAAGUUAAUAGUUGUGUAACGUAUUGAGAAAUGUUAGGUAGACUUCACCUUAUUUACUAUGUUAUAGCUGACAAAUUUAGGUAUAGCUUUGGGUGGAUUUUACAUGGGGUUAAAACACACUGAGUGCAAAUCAGUUUCAUUCUAGAGAUCAGUUUCACUUUCUGGAUAUUACGCUAUACUUUAUUUUCUUUUAUAAAGAAAUGAGAAUAUCAUGAGGUUAAGUAAUAAUUGUAGUUUUAUUUUUUAUUCCUUUUACAAAGAGGAAAUGGAGUAUUGGUGUUAAGAGUAAAUGGUAUUAAAUGAUGUCAUAUGAUAACGAUG